AUGACAGUAACAUUAAAGAACAUCCAAGAUGAGGUCCUAAAACCAUUCCAAAACCAUAGACAACUUUCGAUUAAGGAAUCGGAAAUGAUGACUCUAGAAUUAUUAACGUUAUUAUGUGAUGACGAGAUAGAUAAAGGAAGCACACUGAAAUAUGUGGCCAAAUUAAUAACGCCGACAACUUAUGAUGAUCUUAUUGAGGAGAGAAACCUUAAUCAUUUAUGUGGAUAUCCAUUGUGUGGCAAACCUCCUGAACGAAAUAUCCAUCACUCAGAAUCAGCGUUACAUCAUGGGACCUCAGGUGUGAUGGCAUCUCAUCAGAAUGAUGCAAUUAUUAAGAGAUUUUUGUGGGAAAAUAAUCCAUAUGCUUACCUUUCUAAAUUCUGUUCUAAAUUCCACUUCCGUUGCUCUCAAUUUUACCAAGUACAACUGGAUGAAAAUGCCUUAUUUAGUAGAACAGGUAUUCAUUUGAUUAAUGAUACCUUAAAGAAUAAAGAUGAUGAUGAGAACGAGAAUGGGGCCUAUCAAGUGGUAAUGUUUGAAGAUUUAUUGAGGGAAAAGAGUACCGAGGAAGAUGUGAAAUCUUUGAUUGUAGGUUUAAAGAAAUUAGGUUUACAUAGUUCAUCUGGUGAUACUGAACUUUCUGAGGACAAACUUUUAGAAGACGAACUAUCUCAGUGGCUGAGUGAUAUUAAGAUUGUUGAAAAUAGUAAUCCUCCUCUCAUGGGUGAUUUAGAAAAAGAGAACUGA